CUUGCGUGUCACUUUGUAGGGAAUUUGUAAAAUUCAAUCAACAAAAAAUUCAGGAACAGUGUGCCUUGUUCGGUUGUAGGAUUUGUCAAUCAAAUUCCAUCAGAGUUCGAGUUACUAGCCAAAUUUGGAUAUUCAGCAACAAAAAAUACGAAAACAGGGGCAGUCAAAAAGCGACUAAAAGCGAAAGUUUUGGACAUCAAUAAAAAACACCGGCAAACACUGCUUUAUAGCUCAGCAAGUGCUGCCAUUUAGUAAAAAGAAGCUUAAACAAUGUCGGACCGCAAGGCAGUGAUCAAGAAUGCAGACAUGAGCGAGGAAAUGCAGCAGGAUGCCGUGGACGUGUCCACCGCGGCCUUGGAGAAGUACAACAUCGAGAAGGACAUUGCCGCCUACAUCAAGAAGGAGUUCGACAAGAAGUACAACCCCACCUGGCACGUCAUCGUCGGCCGCAACUUCGGCUCGUAUGUGACCCACGAGACGCGUCACUUCAUCUACUUUUAUCUGGGCCAGGUGGCCGUGCUGCUCUUCAAGAGCGGUUAACUGGACCCGACCAUAGCCAAGCAAUAACCAAAACAAAUUACAAUGUUCACGCAUAUUAGCACACACAUAAUUCUAGACAUAACCAAUCUGAAAUGACUGUCAAAAAUAGCCACUGAAACCACAGCACAAACUUUCCGUAAUGAUAAAUUCGAAUUGCACAAAAACACAAAUUUGAAGGAAAUUGAAAUUAAAAUUGAUAGAUAAUUUGAGUAACUCUUCAGUUGAUUGAAGAAGAUUUCAAGUGAACAUACUGCACUUUGCUUUACAUAAAGUUGAGCUGCUUGGUGGGUCUCUGUCAGGGAAUUUAUUGCUCCAUUAAAAUGUUUAGAUCUUCUAUAUACCUAAUAGUGCAGGGUAUUUAAAUGGGCAAAUCUACCUCUAGAUAGUCCAUCUGCUCUAAUUUCAAUUUAAUCUAUAAAUUCUAUUUAUGAACAAUAAUUCCCUGUCUAAAUUGAAGCGUUCUCUGAUGGUUACUAAAAAUAUAUUUAAGAAAAUUGCAGCCAAUUCUUUAAUACUUUAUUAAGCCCCAAUCAUUAUUUUAAAGUUUCCAUAGAGCUCAAGUAUUAAAUCAACAUUUCAGUAAG